CCGAAGGCCGAGUCGCGAGAGUCGCCGGCUGCCGUGGGGCGCUGGGCAGGUGGGAGCCCUCGUGGGCCGGGCCGGGAUGAGCAAUGGCAUCGGUCAAGGUGGCCGUGAGGGUCCGGCCCAUGAAUCGCAGGGAAAAGGACUUGGAAGCCAAAUUCAUUAUUCAAAUGGAGAAAAGCAAAACAACAAUCACAAACUUAAAGAUACCAGAAGGAGGGACCGGGGACUCAGGAAGAGAACGGACUAAGACCUUCACCUAUGACUUCUCUUUUUAUUCUGCUGAUACAAAAAGUCCAGAUUACGUCUCACAAGAGAUGGUUUUCAAAGCCCUCGGCACAGAUGUUGUGAAGUCUGCAUUUGAAGGUUAUAAUGCUUGUGUGUUUGCAUAUGGGCAAACCGGAUCAGGAAAGUCAUACACGAUGAUGGGAAACUCUGGCGAUUCUGGCUUAAUACCUCGGAUUUGUGAAGGUCUCUUCAGUCAGAUAAAUGAAACCACCAGAUGGGAUGAAGCAUCUUUUCGAACUGAAGUCAGCUACUUAGAAAUUUAUAAUGAACGUGUGCGAGAUCUGCUUAGGCGGAAGUCAUCCAAAACCUUCAAUUUAAGAGUCCGAGAGCAUCCAAAAGAAGGACCUUAUGUUGAGGAUUUAUCCAAACAUUUAGUACAGAACUACGGUGAUGUAGAAGAACUCAUGGAUGCAGGAAAUAUCAAUCGAACCACAGCCGCGACUGGGAUGAACGACGUCAGUAGCAGGUCUCAUGCCAUCUUCACAAUCAAGUUCACUCAGGCAAAAUUUGAUUCUGAAAUGCCAUGUGAAACCGUGAGUAAGAUCCACCUGGUCGAUCUUGCUGGAAGUGAGCGCGCAGAUGCCACCGGUGCCACUGGGGUCAGACUGAAGGAAGGGGGGAGCAUCAACAAGUCCCUCGUGACUCUGGGAAAUGUCAUUUCUGCCUUAGCCGAUUUAUCUCAGGAUGCAGCAAACCCUUUUGUGAAGAAGAAGCAAGUUUUUGUGCCUUACAGGGAUUCUGUUUUGACUUGGCUGCUGAAAGAUAGCCUUGGCGGGAACUCUAAAACCAUCAUGAUCGCCACCAUUUCACCUGCUGAUGUCAAUUAUGGAGAAACCCUAAGUACUCUUCGCUAUGCAAAUAGAGCCAAAAACAUCAUCAACAAGCCUACUAUUAAUGAGGACGCCAACGUCAAACUCAUCCGUGAGCUGCGUGCUGAAAUAGCCAGGCUGAAAAUGCUGCUCGCUCAAGGGAAUCAGAUUGCCCUCUUGGACUCCCCCACAGCCUUAAGUAUGGAGGAAAAACUUCAGCAGAAUGAAGCAAGAGUUCAAGAAUUGACCAAGGAAUGGACAAAUAAGUGGAAUGAAACCCAAAAUAUUUUGAAAGAACAGACUCUAGCCCUUAGGAAAGAAGGGAUUGGAGUUGUUUUGGAUUCUGAACUGCCCCAUUUGAUUGGCAUUGAUGAUGACCUUCUGAGUACUGGAAUCAUCUUAUAUCAUUUGAAGGAAGGUCAGACAUAUGUUGGUCGAGAAGAUGCUUCAACAGAACAGGAUAUUGUUCUUCAUGGCCUCGACCUGGAGAGUGAGCACUGCAUCUUUGAGAACGUCGGAGGGACGGUGACGCUGAUACCCCUGAGCGGGUCUCAGUGCUCUGUGAAUGGCAUUCAGAUCAUGGAGGCCACACAUCUGAAUCAAGGUGCUGUGAUACUUUUGGGAAGAACCAAUAUGUUCCGCUUUAACCAUCCUAAGGAGGCUGCCAAGCUCAGGGAGAAGAGGAAGAGUGGCCUUCUGUCCUCCUUCAGCUUGUCCAUGACUGACCUCUCGAAGUCCUGUGAGAACUUGUCAGCGGUCAUGUUGUAUAACCCAGGACUUGAAUUUGAGCGGCAACAGCGCGAAGAACUUGAAAAAUUAGAAAGUAAAAGGAAACUCAUAGAAGAAAUGGAGGAAAAGCAGAAGUCCGAUAAGGCCGAACUGGAGCGGAUGCAGCAGGAGGUGGAGACUCAGCGCAAGGAGACAGAGAUUGUCCAGCUGCAGAUCCGCAAGCAGGAGGAGAGCCUCAAACGCCGCAGCUUCCAUAUCGAGAGCAGGCUGAAGGAUUUGCUCGCGGAGAAGGAGAAGUUUGAAGAGGAAAGGCAGCGGGAGCAGCAGGAAAUCGAGCUGCAGAAGAAGAAGCAAGAGGAGGAGAGCUUUCUCCGAGUCCAAGAAGAGCUCCGGCGGCUCCAAGAGCUCAACAACAAUGAGAAGGCCGAGAAGAUCCAGAUAUUUCACGAGCUGGACCGCCUCAAAAGGGAGAAGGACGAGCAGUACGCCAAGCUGGAGUUGGAGAAGAAGAGACUGGAGGAGCAGGAGAAGGAGCAGGUCACGCUCGUGGUGCACCUGGAGGAGCAGCUGCGCGAGAAGCAGGAGAUGAUCCGGCUCCUCCGGCAAGGGGAAGUGCAGCGGGUGGAGGAGGAGAGGAGGGACCUGGAGGGAAUCCGGGAGGCCCUCCUGCGGGCGAAGGAGGCCCGGGCUGAAGGGGACGACGACGGCGAGGAGUUAGAAAGGGCCCAGCUGCAUUUCCUAGAGUUCAAGAGAAGGCAGCUGGUCAAGCUGGCCAACCUGGAGAAGGACCUGGUUCAGCAGAAGGACCUGCUGGAAAAGGAAGUUGAAGAAGAACGACAACUCCUGGAGCGCCUAAAGUCUGCAAAGGAAGGUGACUUCAGAUCGUCGGAGGGAAGUGGCGAUGGUGCCGCAGUCUUCACGCAGGCGGCUCAGACUCUCGAGCAGAUAAAGCCAGCGGAAUACCGGCUGCAGUAUAAAGAACGCCAGCUCCAGUACCUCCUGCAGCAUCAUCUGCCAACCCUGUCGGAAGAAAAGCAGAGGGGAUUUGAAAUCCUGGACAGAGGCCCCCUUGGUUUAGACAACACUCUCUAUCAGGUGGAAAAAGAAAUGGAAGAAAAAGAGGAACAACUUGCGCAGUACCAGGCCAGCGCCAGCCAGCUGCAGAAGCUCCAGGCCACCUUUGAGUUCACGGCCAACAUUGCCCGUCAGGAAGAAAAAGUGAGGAGGAAGGAGAAGGAGAUCCUCGAGUCACGGGAGAAGCAGCAGCGGGAGGCGCUGGAGCGGGCCUUGGCCAGGCUGGAGAGGAGGCACUCGGCCCUGCAGAGGCGCUCCACACUGGGCCUGGAGAUUGAGGAGCAGAGGCAGAAGCUGGCCAUGCUGAACAGCAGUGGCAGCGCGCAGUCUGGGCUCCAGGCCAGCCUGGAAGCCGAGCAGGAAGCCCUGGAGAAGGACCGGGAGAGAUUAGAGCACGAAAUCCAGCAGCUGAAGCAGAAAAUCUGUGAGGUUGACGGUGUUCAAAAGGGGCAUCGUGGGACUGUGGAAGGGAAGGCUUCUUAUUCCAGCUUGCCAUCCAGCACUGAAAAAUCUCAACUGGUCCCCCUGAUGGAUGCCAGGAUCAAUGCCUACAUUGAAGAAGAAGUCCAAAGACGACUUCAGGAUUUGCAUCGUGUGAUGGGCGAGGAUAGCAGUGAAUCUGCAGAUGUGGCAAGGGAUAAUGAGAAACUCUACAAUGGCACCAUUCAACGUAAGCUAAAAUAUGAGAUUUGCCGUGACCUCCUGUAUGUCCUGAUGCCCGAGUCUGAUGCUGCUGUCCGCACUAAUCACCCUUUGUUCCAGCAAGAUCUUGUUCAGCUUUCUCUGGAUUGGAAAGCAGAAAUCCCUGAUUUAGUUUUGGCAGACAGUGUUCGGUUGUCAUCCAGAUUCCAGGAUACCUUGGUUGACAUGAUUUACUUUCUUCAUGGAAAUAUGGAAGUCAACAUCCCGUCUCUGGCACAGGUAGAGUUACUGCUCUACACGACAGUCAGAAUCGAGGGGGACCCGGAUGAAGACAGCCUCCAGUCCUUAGUCCUUCUGAACACCCACAUUGCCCUUUUGAGGGAAGAUCAAGUUUUCUAUCCCCGCACUCAGUCUCUACACACACCUCCUCCACGAACACGGUUUGAUGUGACCAGAUGCCGUUCUUCAAGUGAAUUCAGGUAUGUUGUGGUUCUGGAGAAGAAAACCUUGUCAACCAUCCAACUUGUCUUCUCAGAAAAACUCGGACUCCUGUCAGAUUCAAGAAAUAGCCCAGCUGAGCACUUCAGAGGAGCCCAGAACGUCCAUUCGUUCCCUGGCACGCCGUGUCCUGUGGGCAGUGAGAACGGAGCACGCGAGGUCUGGAAACUGACCCUCAGCUCUCAGGAGGAGGCUCUGUGGCUCGUUGCCUACCUGACAAGGCUCUCAGAAGGAAACUUGUAAAAAUAUUUUGCAUAUUUUUGAGACUUUAAAUAAAACGAACUUUGUGAGAAUAGUCAAGGACCCGGAAUAGCUCUGUGUAGCUAAUUGAUUUGAAACUGGAAAAAUGCAGACCUCUAAAAUUGGAAAUGUAAAUAUGUUAAGUAUCUACCAAAAAAAAAAAAUAGGGGGUAGCAGAGCACUGAUAAAAUAUCUUUAUCACCAUCCUGCUUCCUUUUCUUGAACCUCAGCCUUGUAAAUUUGGGUCUGCCUCAUUAUUUGUUAGGUGAUUAAAGCAUUUCUGAUUGUUUUUGGC